GCGCGGAAGUAUGGCCUAUAAAUGGGCGGCGCGAUCGCCUUCGGGUUACUGACGCCUCGGCCGGCUGGAUGGUGGCGGAGGAAGAGAUCGGACGCUGAGGAUGAGGCCGGAGAUGGAGAUGGGAGUUCCAGACCCUCGUCAUCGGAACAGGGUUUCAUGGAUUAACUACUGUCAAAGUACAGCUCUUUUAGCAUAUCAAAGUCUUGGUGUUGUUUAUGGAGACUUGAGUACGUCACCAUUAUAUGUCUACAAGAGUACAUUUGUGGAGAAACUGCAAGAUGAUCGAAGUGAGGAGGCAAUUUUUGGUGUAUUAUCUUUGAUAUUUUGGACCAUUACAUUGAUCCCAUUAUUGAAAUAUGUCUUCAUCCUCCUUAGCGCAGAUGAUAAUGGUGAAGGAGGAACGUUCGCUCUGUAUUCGCUUCUUUGUCGGCACGCAAGGGUAGGACUGCUCCCCAAUCAACAAGCUGCUGAUGAGGAACUUUCCACUUAUAAGUAUGGGUUAUCAAACCAGGGAAGGAUGUCUCCCUUGAGAAGAUUUCUCGAGAAGCAUGCAAGGCUGCGGACAGCCUUGCUUCUUGUUGUUUUGUUUGGUGCAUGCAUGGUGAUAGGUGAUGGUGUCCUUACACCUGCUAUAUCAGUUUUAUCAUCGAUAUCUGGUCUGCAAGUUCGUGCCAAGAAUUUGCAUAAUAAUGAGGUGGUGCUACUUGCGUGUAUUGUGUUGGUUGGACUGUUUGCCCUGCAGCAUUAUGGCACACAAAAGGUGGCUUUCAUGUUUGCACCCAUUGUGAUAUUAUGGUUGAUAUCUAUAGGUGCAAUUGGUGUAUAUAACAUCAUUGUCUGGAACCCAAGUGUAUAUCGUGCUCUUUCUCCAUAUUACAUCUACAAAUUCUUCAAGAAGACAGGAAAAGAUGGCUGGAUUUCGCUUGGUGGGGUUCUACUUUGCAUAACAGGUACUGAAGCAAUGUUUGCCGAUCUUGGACAUUUCACUUCAAUAUCUAUAAGGGUUGCAUUUGUUGGAUUCAUCUACCCGUGUUUAGUCCUGCAAUAUAUGGGGCAGGCUGCCUACUUGUCUAAAAAUCCAGAUGAUAUACAAUGGAGUUUCUAUAACUCCAUUCCAGAGCCUGUAUUUUGGCCCGUGUUUGUGAUUGCAACGCUUGCUGCAAUUGUUGCUAGCCAGGCCGUCAUAUCUGCUACAUUCUCAAUCGUUAAGCAGUGCCAGUCCCUUGGUUGCUUCCCAAGAGUAAAGGUUGUCCACACAUCAAGAUGGAUAUAUGGGCAAAUUUAUAUUCCAGAAAUAAACUGGAUUCUCAUGCUCCUUUGUGUAGCUGCUACUGUUAUUUUUCAGGACACCACUUUGAUUGGAAAUGCUUAUGGCAUUGCCUUCAUGUGUGUAGUCUUUGUUACGACAUGGCUUAUGGCUCUGGUGAUUGUCUUUGUCUGGCAAAAAAGUGUUUUCCUGGCCGUUCCAUUUCUCGUCUUCUUCGGAUCAAUUGAGGCUGUCUAUUUGUCUGCUUCUGUCAUGAAAGUGCCACAAGGUGGUUGGCUGCCUAUAGUGCUAUCUGGUGUAUUCAUGCUUGUCAUGUAUAUUUGGCAUUAUGGCACUAGAAAGAAGUACCUCUUCGACCUUCAGAACAAGGUCUCCAUGAAAUGGAUACUCAGUUUGGGGCCUAGCCUGGGAAUUGCUCGCGUUCCAGGCAUUGGUCUUAUAUACUCUGAAUUGGUCACUGGAGUUCCUGCCAUAUUUUCACAUUUUGUUACCAAUCUUCCAGCAUUCCACAAGGUAUCUGUGUUUGUUUGUGUCAAAUCUGUCCCUGUUCCCCAUGUCUCAGACGAUGAGCGUUACCUCAUUGGUCGCAUUGGUCCAAAGGAGUAUCGCAUGUACAGAUGCAUUGUUCGAUAUGGAUACAAGGAUGUUCAGAAGGACAACGACAAUUUUGAGAAUCAGCUGAUUAUCAGCAUUGCAGAGUUCAUUCACAUGGAAGCAGACAAUUCUCAAUCUUCCAGUUGCGACAGUUCGCUGGAUGGCCGGAUGGCUGUGAUUGGGACAAAUGUGAGAUCCAAUCUAAACCUGGUACCAUCCGAACCCGGCGAUGCAACACAAAGCACUGUAAGGAGCAGUAAAUCAGCAACAUUGCAGACUUUGCAGUCACUAUAUGAGCAGGAAUCACCACACCCUAGCCGCAGGAGAGUACGGUUUGAAUUGCCAGAGGACAAUGAGCUGGAUCCAUCUGUGAGAGAGGAGCUGAUGGACUUGAUAGAGGCAAAAUAUGCAGGGGUUGCAUACAUAAUGGGACAUUCAUACAUCAAAGCAAGGAGGGCCUCUUCUUUUUUGAAGAAACUAGUGAUCGACUUUGGGUACUCGUUCCUCCGCAAGAAUUGCCGGGGGCCUGCAGUUGCGCUAAAUAUUCCUCACAUCAGCCUCAUUGAAGUGGGGAUGAUCUACUACGUAUGAUCAUGUAUAUAAGUUUCCAUCAAUCAUAGAGUAGAUUUUAUUUUUCUCUUUUGUUCUCCCAUUUUUCUCCCCCUAUUCUUCUUUCCGUUAGGGAUACCAAAAGCUUCUGUAGCCGUGGUUACAGGCUUUUGAGAGGUCGACAGAAGAAAAAAUGCAUUUUAGAUUGUACCUUGUGUAAUAAUGGCUUAUCAAUUUUCUUUCAAGUCAUUAUUUGUA